AUGAUCGAAAGUAUAACUAUUGCUCCGUCGAUUUCUACAACUCAAGUGGUGAAUAAUAGUAACAGCGGCAGCAGCACUGGCAGCGGCAGCAGAAGCGACAAUAAUAGCAGCGGCUCGCGAAAGGGGGAGACAUUAGGCAAUGGCGAGCCACCAGUAUUGCAGAAGCCACAAUUGACGCAGCAGUCAGCAGCAGUACACGACAGUUACAAACCGUCUUUCAAUUAUGAUCUUGAGUUGUUCAAUCUAUGCAAGCAAUAUUUGAACACCAAGAACCAUCACGGAUUGGCCUUAGUGGCUCGACAAAAAGGAGUUCCACCAUUUUUGAGGUUCAAGAUUUGGCCAAUUCUUUUAAAAUAUCAUCCUUUUGUUUUGGACCCUUUCAUUCAGCCUGAUAAUGAUAUAAUAAACGAAGGUAGUGAUCUGGAUACGUCUUCAGUAUCGUCUUCAAAAGCUUCUUCGGUUACUGCAAAGGAAAACGGUUUAGCUAAAAACUCCGAAACUGCGUCCGAAACCGAAAUUAAUAUUAAAAAAGAUAUUUCAAGAUAUGUGCAAAGAAUUUAUGGUUCGUCCCUGGCACAUGAGCUAACAGGUGUGGAGAAAGAAAUCAUUGCUGUGAUAGAAAGUGCGGUGCUUAAGUUUUCGCUAAAGUGGAGCAAGAUCAUUAAAUACGAUCUGUCGUUAUCGUGGAUGGCACUCAACUUGGCAGAAUGGUUUCCCCCUAUACCUCAAACGCCAUGGGUUCUAGUAGGGAGGGAUCAAAAUUCUAAAAAGACCACUUUGACGUAUAGCAUUCUAGAGGACUACUCGCAUUAUAUUGAUAAUGUGCCAGGUUUAGACGUAUAUCUAGAGGACUUGAUUCAUAACAAGUCGUCAACGAUGAAUUUUCAUGAAGUUUAUGAAAGACUCGUAUUGGUAUUGUUACAUUGUCCUGAACCAGAGGCCAAAAAUAAGAAAGCCCCGUCUCGAUCGAAUGGACCCGAGUCAUCGUCUUCGUCGUCACCAUCUUCCUCCUCCUCCUCGUCAUUUUCGUCGUCGUCGAAAGAAGUUAAGAAGCAGUUUCAGCUGAAUAAAACAACAUUACCAGUUACCGGAGGAACCAUUGAGGAAAGAGUGUCAUUUUUUAUAUUCUGCCUUCGCAAGUUGCUACCAGAACUAUCACAAUACUUUCAUGAAGAACAAAUUUUAAGUAAAUUCGGGUACCUGGACGAUGAAUGGUUGAUUUGGUGGUUAAAGUUUUGCGGUACAAAGGUUUGGUCCAAAUACGACAGAGGACGUAUAUGGGAUUUCAUGAUGGGAUGGAGACUUCGGAAUCCAAAGAGAAGCUUUAGUUACUAUUACAGGAAGCUAAACUAUGUGAGCAGGAGUACUUUGGAAAAGCUUGGGCCGGACAUUUUUUGGACAGUGGGCGCUGAUCAAAAUGACAAGCCGAGUAUGGACUAUAGAAGAAACUCGUUUAAGGAUUUGGUGAAUGGACUUGAUGACAACUUGCACAUUUCAAAAGGUAAUUUAUGUCGAUCUUCCAAUGGAUCAGACUCCACAGGGCCAACAUUAUCAAUACCCUUUUCAAAAAUUGAUCCUCAUGUUGCUCUUAUUUUUAUUUCGAUCUCAUUGUUGAAGUCAAAAGAAAACACAUUGGUUGAGUUGGAUCAACAUGAGAUAAGGCAGUUUCUAUCGAGAUUACCGUCAAAAUCAUACGAAUAUAAUAGCAAACCGCGAAGGCGAAUAAGCCCCGAUGUCACUCCAAUUUCAUCUAGCACGUCUCCCGUGUCGCUGCUGCCGACAACAGAGGAACUUCCUACAAACAGUAUCAUUAUAUCAAAUGAUUCUCAAAGUAAUAAGCACAAGAUCAACUUCAUUGACAACAUUAUUUCCGAGGCAGGAGAACAGUGGCACUUGAAUGCUUCUGUUCCUUUAUCAAAGAAACAAAAGCGUUUAGUUAAGAAGGGGAAACUUGAAGUCAAAGAACCUAAACCUAAACCAGAGAGAGAAACCGUAGAAAAGUCCAAGUAUGGUGUUUGGAUUGGGAACUUGUCUUUUGAUACUAGUAAAGAAGACCUAAUUAGGUUUGUGACUGCAAAAUCUUCAGUAAAAGAAGAGGAAAUAACUCGAGUGAAUAUUCCGAAAAAGGGAAGCCAGAUUAAAGGGUUUGCAUAUGUUGAUGUUCAAAAUGAAGACCAAGUGAACAAAUUGAUUGAGCUAAGUGAGUCGAACCUAAAUGGACGUAACUUGUUGAUAAAAAGCGCAACUUCAUUUGAAGGGCGUCCUGAAAAAACGGGAGAUACUGGAAAUCCACCAAGUCGAAUACUUUUUGUUGGAAACUUAAGUUUCGAUGUAACGGAGGAUAAUUUGAACGAGCACUUUAGGCAUUGUGGUGAUAUUUCCAAGAUACGAAUGGCAACAUUUCAAGAUACGGGGAAAUGUAAAGGAUUUGCAUUUAUCGAUUUCAAGAAUGAAGAAGGCGCGAUUGCGGCAAUGAACUCGAAAUUGACAAAGAUGAUGUUGAAUAGAAAAUUGAGAUUGGAAUAUGGUGAAGACAGAUCAAAGAGAAGACCAAAGAGCCAUAUGCGUGAACCUUUGGAAGUGCUGGAAACUGUAGAAGAAGAAGUUCCAAUACGAGACAAGGAACUUGCAGAAGUGAGGAAACCAUAUGUUAAACAUGUGCACAGAGAAAGGACCAACGAAAAGAGACCAAAAUCGUCCGUUGCUUUGGCAUCGGCUCAAAGGGCUAGCGCUGCAAUAGUUCCAUCUUGCGGAAAGAAGAUUACGUUUGACUGA